CCUCCCUAGAAAAACAUUUUGGUGUCACAUCCAACUUCUGCACGCGAAAGUAACGCAUCCGCCACCGCAUCAAACGCCAGCCAGCCCAUUGGAAUCCGUCGUCCCACCAGUGCUCGAUGCGGCAAUCGGUUCGACAGCGACAUUGCACCACCUGAGGGCAACCCGGCUUGUGGGGGCUCAUAUGAGCGAUGGCUUCCCGGAGAAUGCGCAGCAGAGGCUGUGACCAAUGUCGGCGACGGCGCGUCAAGUGCGACGAGACAGAUGACUUCUGCCGGCAGUGCCUCCGAUUCGGUCUUGACUGCUCCGGGCCUGUUCGAGGGGUGACUAUUGUAGACAUGACCCCCGAGGCCGCCUUUCCCCUAGAGCGAGCGGGAACGCCUCUAGAUAGAAGACCAAAAAAGGUCCGCAAAAUUUCGGUGCCAUUCAGGGCUGCGACCGCAACAGCGUCCAGCAGCUCCAGCAGCUCCCAAAGCACGCCCUAUGGACUCGACUCCUCAUCCCCAGACGAGGGUCAAUGGGCUACAGCGAUUAUCCAUAAACCCCACUCCAGCAGUGGAGCCUCCUCCAACGACAAGGUGCCCAUGUUAUUCCAGCCGUCCACUUCGAACGCCAUCGAGGCCUUCUUAGUCUCGCAACUCCUCAGCUUCUCAAGACCACACGAUACUCCAACCUUACCCAUAACAUGGCUGAUGAAAAUCCCAGAGUGGAUGGUUACCUCCCAAGUCCCGGCUUUCAGAUUCUCUAUUCGUGCAGCGACCACGGCGUUGCAUGCUAAGCUACACCAUAGCCCGGCGGCGCGAGUAGAAGCGUACCGCUGGUAUGUCAUUGCUCUGAACAAAUUCCGUGCCCAUUUGAGUGCUCAAACUCGAGAUGAGAUGAUAGAAGGCAACGCAAAGUUCGUUCCUGGAGCGGAAGAACUCAUUAUUCCUACAUUCCUUUGUCUCUUCGAGACACUGUCAAACGAAGAGACAGCAGGUCCGGCCGUGAUACAACAUCUCAGUGCUGCAUGCAAAGGCUUAGAACUCCGAGGGCCCGAGGGAUGCCGGGAAGGACUGUUCCAUCAGAUGUUCAUUACAUACCGAGUCCCGAGUUCACUUAUCGCAAUCCUGAGGGGUACACCGUCAGAAUUUGCCAAUCAAGAUUGGCGAAGCAUCCCUUUUGGUGAGAAGGGAAAGGCACUUCUCCAUCAUCUCGUCGAUAUCAUGUUAUGUACCCCGCUCUAUCUUAUACAAGCUGGCCAUCCGGGUCCAAUGGACCAUAGUAUUUUGAGAAUAGCGAAGUCCGACACAUUGCCACCAGGGCUGGAACAAAAUUAUCGCCGGUUACUCGAGCAGCUUGAAAAUUGGUGGAGAGCCUACGAAUCAAUCUCCCCUGAGGAGUUAGAAAUGCUCUUUACGAUAUCUGACUCGAUGCCCCAGAAAUACGAGAAGGUUGAAGGUAUCGGAUACUCGCCCACGCUCUUUCUUCAACAAGAGAGCAACAAUGCACUCACAGCCUCAUUGUACCACGCAACCAGUCUCAUCGUCCACACGACUCUCCAUGCAUUGUCCAUUGCCUCCGAGCGCCUUGGACGACCCACCUCUCUUCCUAGCAGGUCGAAAUACCAUCUCAAGCAAGCGAUUGUCCAUUCCAAUAUGAUCAUAGAGUUUUCAACGCAACGCCAAGCGCAAGAGCCAAACAGGAUGGAAUUCUUGCGCCCAUCCACCAGGUUUCCGCUGUUGGUGGUUAAGAUGUUGAGCCCACCGGAACAGAGCGUGAAGGCCACCAAUCUCAUAAGACAGUAUCAUGUCAGCAAGGCGAUGGCAAACAAGAUUGGAGGCCCAGCAGGAGGGGAAAAUCACUCGCUUCCUAGACCAACUCAUAGUGCAGCACUUCAUAUUGCGAUUAUUCCAAAUGCUGCCAUGCAGAACAGAUGAUAACAAGAACGGGAAAAGUAGGCACAGGUGGCGUCCGUCCGGCCAUUGCCCUACGGCCACGCUAGUUGCGGGGUAUUCGUAGAACCCCUCGACCUCGAGACGAGGACAUCCCACUCCUGCGGCUCCUCUACAGAUCCACGGGAGGUGCCAACUCCCAACGGGUAGCUGUGUUCUGCCUAUAUAGCCCGACUAAGGCUUCAGUUGAUUCUCUCUUGGUGCCUCACAGAUCCAUAAUGAACUCUCCUUCUGCGGAACAGACAAGUCCACUCCAUCUCAACAACAACCCAACUUAAGGACAGACUUCACAAUGGCCACAUCCCAUGCUUCCUCAACAAGCUCUGGCCAGCCCAAGAAGAUCCUCCGAGUAGGUAUAAUAGGUCUCGGCGAGAUCGCUCAAGUCAGUCCCCCUCCCUCCACCU